AAAGUACUUUCGGACGGUGAACGCGAGCUUCAGGGGGACUACGGCUUUACUGGUAACGCAAUAUUUACAUGCUUCAAAAACGACCCGUUAACGCUUGAUAUCAUAGCGGAAAGCGAACCGCGAAAUGAAGCUCUGGCAAAGACUGACCACAUAUCGGAGCACACAAGUGCAUUGGAGGAGAGCAUAUUCCGUCUGAAAGAGAUGAUGAUGAAUGUCAAGAGGACUCAGAAACGGUGCGUUCGGAUCUAUUCUUCCUGA